AAAAGAGAACAGGUGUAAUGAAGGGCGGCGGAAAAAUGCACAGUUUUUUCCAUUGACGGACAUUCGCGUCACAUUAUCUGUCCGUUAUCGCGCAUCGAUUUCCGGAACUAUCGUGGGGGGGCAAAUGCCGAUUGACCAGCUUAAAGGCCCCCAUUUUCCCAAUUUCCCGGACCCGUGUCGCGCUGAAUGGAUCGUUUCGUCCUGUACCAUCCGAUCUAUUAAACUUUGAGCUGAGUCCCUUCGCUUUGUGUUGCGGCCCCCGUGUUAUGCACGCCCCCGAUGCGUGGCCGGUCCAUUUUUCCUUCUGUAGCGCGCGCACUUCGUGUCUCGCGUAUUGCUGGUUACAUCUGUUUACUACGGUUACGCGGAACGAAACUGCCACGGAUAAUUCGCCGCGCGUUAACUUACUAACGGUGGAUCGCGGCGGGCACAGUUCUGAGGAAUGGAACUUUGUGACUCCAGCGACUCGCUACGCGCUCAUUGCAUAUUUCAGCAAUAUUGCGGAAACGUUGCUCCAACUUCGCUGGAAUGUUUGGUGCUUUCAAUGAACGUUUUAGAGUGCUAAUAAGUCGUUUGCAUUUGUCUGCUGUAUAGGCGUGUUCAGUAGACAAAGUGGAUCAAAUAUGGUAUUAAGUUUUCGAGUGUCUGAGCUUCAGAUGCUUCUUGGUUUCGCCGGUAGAAAUAAGUCCGGCAGAAAAAACGAGUUGCAAGCGCGUGCAUUGGAAUUAUUGCGCUUAAGAUCACAUCCAGCCAUCCGGCUCAAAAUACGUGAAUUAUACAAGACAAUACAGGCAGAUCAAAUGGCAACACAUCAAAUGUAUGGACAAACUGGUAGUUCUACUGAGCCACAAAUUGACCAAAACAUGCACAAUAGAAAUUAUUAUUCAACAAGGCAAGCGAUUAGCCAGCAGCAACAGCAACAGGCAUCAGUUUCUGCUGGAAAGGAAUUGACUCCAGCGCAUCAAGCAUCUUUACCUCAGGCACCUAGAACCAAUCCAGUAUAUCAGUCAACUGGUUAUACUAGUGUAGCACCACAACGUACUACAAAUACGCCAUAUAAUCCGUAUCAGCCACCUGUAUAUCCAACCAAAGUUUUACCUGGUCCAUUACAAAUGGCACCUACAAGUCAAUACCCGGUUCAUCCAGAUGUUAGGCUGAAGAAACUUCCGUUUUUUGAUUUAUUAGGUGAAUUAUUGAAGCCUUCUAGUUUAAUGCCACAGGGAUCAAUGAGACUGCAGGAGAACACAUUCUUGUUUCAUUUGACACCACAACAGGCGACAGAUAUUGCCAGCUCACGUGAUUGUCGAGCUGGUAGUAAAAUGGAUUACGUUGUACAGGUACAAAUGCGAUUUUGUUUACAAGAAACAUCAUGCGAGCAGGAAGAUUAUUUUCCUCCAAACAUUGCAGUGAAAGUUAACGGAAAAUUGUGUCCUUUACCGAAUCCUAUACCUACUAAUAAACCAAGUGUAGAACCGAAAAGACCACCACGGCCUAUUAAUAUUAGUCCGUUGGUAAAAUUGUCACCUACUGUUGGAAAUGAGAUUCGUGUCACAUGGUCGGCUGAUUAUGGUAGACGAUAUGCAAUCGCAAUAUACCUCGUCCGAAAGUUAACUAGUGCUGAAUUACUUAGUAGGUUAAAAAAUAGAGGCGUAAGGCACUCUGAUUACACUAGAGGAUUAAUUAAGGAGAAAUUAAACGAAGAUGCGGAUAGUGAAAUAGCUACUACGUCACUGAGAGUAUCAUUAGCCUGUCCUUUGGGAAAGAUGAGGAUGUGUACUCCAUGUCGUGCAUCAACAUGUUCUCAUUUGCAAUGCUUUGAUGCUUCUUUGUUCCUUCAAAUGAAUGAACGAAAACCUACUUGGAAUUGUCCAGUCUGUGACAAGUCGGCACUUUACGAUAAUCUCGUGAUUGAUGGAUAUUUUCAAGAAGUUCUUAAUUCAAAUAAGUUACUGCCAGACGUGAACGAGAUUCAGUUACUACAAGACGGUUCGUGGGAGAAUUUAGUACUGAAAAAAGAAAAAGAUAAGGAUAAAGACAAGGAGAAAAGUGAAACAAAAACUCCAACUGAUUCACGGGAUAAUAAAAUUGAUGUGGACACUGUAGAUUUAGAUGAAAGCAAUCCUCCGGCACCAAAGGAGAAGAAACGUGCUGUCAUUAUCGAUUUGAUAUCUGAUAGUGAUGAUGACGACGAGGAUAAUAUACCGACUCAAAGUACAAAGAAAUCAGCUAGUGGCAUUUCAUCGCCAAAGAAAUCGCAGACCAGCUCCAUUAGUAGUACAAGUGAAUCGCCAGAAUUGAUGAUAAUUGAUUUAGAAUAAAGAAAUGUUUAAUAUUAAAAUAAUCUCGAGUUUUUAUAAAAAUCAUUUUGUGAUAAAGUCUCACUAAUCUUUUUUCCUGUAUCCAUAGGUUUAAUCGAAAAUUUUACAUUUUAUACAAUUUUAUUAUUAAUUGCUUUCGAAGAAGUUUCAGGUAAAUAAAGACCUUCUUUUAUUAUAAUUUUAAUAACAUUGCAUUUCCAUAUACAAAUACAAUUCACAUUUUGUUCAAUCUUGACAAAUAACAUAGUUAAGUCAAAGUUGAGUCUGAGACUGCGAUAAGUGAUUAUUUUAAUAAAAGUUUUAUUUUAAUUGAUUGUAAUACAAUCGAUAUGUGUGGAUAAUCAUGUAAAUGAAAAUAAAGUUACCUGCAUUUUUAGUAACAAA